AGCAGCGAUGCUCUGGGAAGGGUUAACUCGCAGUCAGGCUGCCUGUGCUCAGGGCCCUACGGCUGGCCCAGGAAUGGGGUGGGCCUGGAAGGUGGAGCGGGCUUGGCUCGCAUCAGCUGCUCUUUCCAAGACAGGAGUGCAAAUGCCUGCCCAGCUGGCCUGAGCGUGCUGAACUCCAGUCGCCUUUAAGAAUGGCCGCAGAAGCCCACACCUGGCAAUCACGCCCCCUACCCCCCUGCCUCUCCACAGCAGGUCGCAUUUGGGAGACUCUCCAGUCAGUCAUUAGAGGAAUGAGCCGAGAGUGAGCCGUUCACCAGCUUGCCAACACUUGGUGGAAAGCAGCAGGCAAGCAUGGAUGUGGUUGACAGCCUUCUCAUGAAUGAAAGCAACCUGACUCCCCCCUGUAAACUGGGGAUCGAAAAUGAGACGCUUUUCUGCUUGGAUCAGCCCCAUCCUUCCAAAGAGUGGCAGCCGGCCGUGCAGAUUCUCUUAUACUCCUUGAUAUUCCUGCUCAGUGUGCUGGGAAACACGCUGGUCAUUACGGUGCUGAUUAGGAACAAGAGAAUGAGAACAGUCACCAACAUUUUCCUCCUCUCCCUGGCUGUCAGCGAUCUCAUGCUUUGUCUCUUCUGCAUGCCAUUCAACCUCAUCCCCAACCUGCUUAAGGAUUUCAUCUUCGGAAGCGCUGUUUGCAAGACCACCACCUACUUCAUGGGCACCUCUGUGAGUGUCUCCACCUUUAAUCUGGUCGCCAUAUCACUGGAGAGAUAUGGUGCAAUUUGCAAACCCUUACAGUCCCGAGUCUGGCAGACGAAGUCCCAUGCUUUGAAGGUGAUUGCCGCUACCUGGUGCCUCUCCUUCACCAUCAUGACUCCAUACCCAAUUUAUAGCAACUUGGUGCCUUUUACCAAAAAUAACAACCAGACCGCAAAUAUGUGCCGCUUUCUACUGCCAAGUGAUGUCAUGCAGCAGUCCUGGCACACAUUCCUGUUACUCAUCCUCUUUCUUAUUCCUGGAAUUGUGAUGAUGGUGGCAUAUGGAUUAAUCUCUUUGGAACUUUACCAAGGAAUAAAAUUUGAUGCUAGCCAGAAGAAGUCUGCCCGAGAAAGGAAACGGAGCUCGGCCAACAGCGGCAGGUACGCGGACAGCGCCGGGUGCUGCCUGCAGCGGCCCAAGCACCCAAGGCAGCUGGAGCUGCGCCAGCUGUCCUCCGGCAGCGCCGGCCGGGCCGACCGCAUCAGGAGCAGCAGCCCCGCGGCCAGCCUCAUGGCCAAGAAGCGCGUCAUCCGCAUGCUCAUGGUCAUCGUGGUCCUCUUCUUCCUGUGCUGGAUGCCCAUCUUCAGCGCCAACGCCUGGAGGGCCUUUGACACCGCCUCUGCCGAGCGCCGCCUCUCGGGGACCCCCAUCGCCUUCAUCCUCCUGCUGUCCUACACCUCGUCCUGCGUCAACCCCAUCAUCUACUGCUUCAUGAACAAGAGGUUCCGCCUCGGCUUCCUGGCCACGUUCCCCUGCUGCCCCAACCCCGGUCCCCCAGGAGCACGAGGCGAGGUGGGGGACGAGGUGGAGAGCGGCACCACGCGGGCGUCUCUGUCUAAAUGCUCCUACAGCCACGGGAGCGCCUCUGCGCCGCCCCCGUGAGCGGUGCCCCGCCGGCUGCCGGGCGGGAAGCAUGGAGGCAGGGACCGAGGGAGGCAGCAGAGAGGGAGGGAAAGAAGGCAGCAGGAGGAGGAGGAGGAGGGAGCCGGAAGUGAAGGAGGGCACCGGUCCCAGUGGGAACCAUUCCUCGUCUGCCUGGCACCCUUCACCUGGGUUCCAGGGGAACACUCCGAGGGUGGGGCCGUGACUGGGGCCCCAGGCGGGACGACUUCAGUAACAUUCACCAUCAGAAAACCUCAGCAGGCCAAUGACAGGAGUUCACCAGGGCUCCUGCUGCACAUGUAAUUGCUAAGCACAUGUUCAAACAGGGAUUUGGACCCUACUGAGCUUUAGAAGGUUCUAGAACAUCCAAGGCGGGCUCUUAACUCCUCUUAGUGACACCCUUCUGUGUUCUGCUGCUUCUGCUGAUGCAGAAUUGUGGAGGCUGCUUUGCGCCUGAGGAGUCCAUCCCUCUUUCAGGAACAUUCUGUAACCACCCACCUCACCAUGACCACACACGGGAACCGGAAGCAAACCCUCUUCUGGCCAUUUUCUGUAGUAAGAAAACAGCCUGACCUGUUCUUCAGGUCAGUCAAGGACAUUCAGAGA